GUGGCAAUAAGUAGUAAUUAUUCUGAAUUAUAAUUGCUUUUAUUCCCUCCACUGUAACUAUGACUAAUCGAUGGCACGGAUAUAGCUAUAAAAUCAACUGACGAUAUUCUUCUCUCUCGCAUGCUGAGUUUGUCUAUAUUGUAAGUUUAUGAUACAUUCCUAUACACACCUUUACUGGUGUAGCUGGCCUAAGUUUUUGUUUCGAGUAACGACUUAUUUCAUAUUUUUGAUUGAGAGCUUUACGUCAGAAAUUUAACACUUACGAAAUGAAUCUUUAUAAAGACUAUUUACAAAAGUUACGAAGGUGGACCCUGGCAAAAACAUGUCUUUCAAUAAAUGAAGACAUCGAUCCGAGUUUGUGCGAGUAUAUAAGGCUUCUGAACGAUAUUAAAUUUACUGAUGGCUCUUAUCAUACGUAUUAUGGAGAUCUUAAGAAGGUCAUCAAUAGUUUCACAUACCAUUGGUCUGCUGUUACGGACGAGGGCAUCAAGGAAGCUGACAGACUCACACAUACUGCGACUAAAGAAGAACUAAAAGAAAAAGCUGACCGCACUUUACACCUGCAUAAAAUUAUGCAAGUUGACUUUGGGAAACGCUUUCUUCCUGUAAAAUCACCAAAGGAGAAGGAAAUUUAUGAGGAAAUCGAAGUAAUGUAUAACAAUUUUAUGGCUCAGUUAUUACACCUCCGAGAAAGAAUUGAAAAUCUCAAACAGCUAGACAAGAUAGAUGAAUUUAACAAAGAACAAUUUCCUAUAGCAUUGAAUCAACUUCACAACGUGUACUCUUGCACAUAUGAAUACAUUUCACAUAGUGCUGUACAAAAUAUUGAUAAAAUCAAGGUGAGUAUUGAGGAAAUUUAUAAACGGAUUAGAGCCAAUCUUCGGCUCAUGGAAGAACAAGACAGCGCAAGUCUGAGCGAUCUGUUCGACCAGCUCUAUGAUAAAAACAAAGAGCAUCUCAUCAUAUCAAGACAAGAUGUACGGUCAUCCUUGGAAAUUGCCGAAGUCCGAAGAAGUAUGGACUUAAUAAAAGAUAAGAUUGAAGACACUAAACAAAGCCAGUUCGACCGGAUUAAGCACGAGUGCCUUUAUUGGCAGCAGAAGGUCGAAGAGUUAGAUGUGAUCUUCCAGAACCUCAAGCAGCUGAGUGCCUCAGAAGAACACUUGGCAAAGGAGGAGCGUGACUUUUUAAAUUAUUUAGAGAAUCCCGAAUUAAUUGGUGAACCAACAAUACAGCUUUCUGAUGACAUAAAAUCAAAGCUGGAACGUCUGCGAAACUUGAAAGCUAUGGCGGCAAAAGCUCUUUUCACGUUCUUCAGCGUAAAAGGGCUGGACAGAAAGAUCUACAAUGACCAGAUUGGUGCUUACUUUAUAGACGAAUACGGACACCAAGUGUAUUUUGAAGACUUCGGUCUCAAAGUCACUCAUAUUAACUGUAAAGGAGAGACAGUUCAGCCAGAUGACAACGAACUGUAUUAUUACGACUACAACGGACGGUACAUUCAAAGAGACGGAGAGAUUCUAUAUCAGGUGGCCCCUUGCAGCAGUCUCUACAAGCUAGAGAACGAUGUGAGACGAAAGGUGACGGGAGACUGUGGCCAUUCCGAGCGACCCAAUGAACAUUGUCAGGUGACCCUUAAGAACGAAAGGAGAAAUGUGAAGUAUCAUAAAACUGAACAUGUUGACAUCAAAGAGACAUUGAAGCCAGAAGUAGUGGAGUACUUGUGGAAAGAAUUUGGACACAUUCUCCCGCUGGCACUACACGACGUUGCGCUGGCUGAACCCAGAAAUCCUAUUCAUUACUUUGCCCAUAAACUUCUAUAUCACAGAUACCGCCACACUACAAAAGAGCUAGAGAAAAUGAAACAGGAGGCACAGAAGUUCCGACAGGAAAUAUUUGAGAUUCGCAAAGAUAGAGCCAUUGCAAAAAGUAAAAAAUGGCGGCAAAGUCAAGUGAAACAUCGCAAACCGGAAGAGUCAGACGACACCGCUGAUUGGUUCUCUUACAACUCACACAUCGCACAACAAGAGUUCAUCAGAUAUCUGGAUGGUUACUCCACAUAGAUACAUCUGUUUCUACCUGAUUUCAACUUUUUCAUAUUAAUAUCCUGCAUAGAUAUGUAAAUCCCUUUCCCUGAACUUUUUCUACGACUUAAUUUAAAAGUAGAAAAUAAA